CCAGACCACCACUCCUCGAUCCCCCCACUUCACUCUCGCGCAGAGUGAACGGCUUCCGUUCCGGGCCGUCGGCGGCUGCUGGAGAGCCAGCAAGCAGGCUUUUGCCGUCGCCGGCGGGCGGGACGGGUCCCACGUCGCGGGACAUGGCCGGGCAGCCGCCCCCGCAGGGCCCGGAGGACGACUUCCUCGACCAGUUCUUUUCCAUGGCCGGCGGCUCCUACUCCGCCGCGGCCGCGGGGGGCGGCCGCACCGCGGGGGACCAGCCCUUCUCCCUCGCGCUCAGCCUCGACGCCGCAGCGGAGGCGUCCGGCAGCGGGAAGCGCCUCGGCGGAGACGCCGACGGCGGCAAGGCGGAUCGGGAUGCCGUGCAGCUCCCCGGGCUCUUCCCGCCGGUGUUCGGCGGCGGCGUGCAGCCACCGCACCUCCGCCCCAGCCCGUCUCCCCAGGUGUUCCACGCUCAGCAGCCGAAGCAGGGCGGGGCGGCUGUCGGGCUGCAGCCGCCCGCACCGAGGCCGAAGGUGCGGGCGCGACGUGGGCAGGCAACUGACCCCCACAGCAUCGCAGAGAGGCUAAGAAGAGAGAGAAUAGCAGAAAGGAUGAGGGACCUGCAGGAAUUGGUCCCCAAUACAAACAAGACAGAUAGGGCAGCUAUGCUAGAUGAGAUCCUCGAUUAUGUGAAGUUUCUGAGGCUUCAAGUUAAGGUUCUAAGCAUGAGCAGGCUGGGCGGUGCUGGUGCUGUUGCACAGCUGGUUGCUGAUAUUCCACUUUCAGUUAAAGGGGAAACAAGUGAUAGUGGGAGCAAACAGCAGAUUUGGGAAAAGUGGUCAACGGAUGGCACAGAAAGACAAGUUGCAAAGCUGAUGGAAGAAGACAUUGGGGCAGCGAUGCAAUUUCUCCAAUCCAAGGCACUCUGCAUGAUGCCAAUCUCGCUUGCCAUGGCAAUCUAUGACACACAACAUUCACAGGAUGGCCAACCAGUGAAGCCAGAACCCAACACUCCUUCCUAGUAUAGUAACAACAACCGUAACAUGCAUCCUUACAACUACUAGCAGGUGUCAACCUAUCAAGUGUAAGAUAAAACUUCUGGUUUUGAUUCACUAACAAGGAGGCAGGAAAAGACCUAAAAGAUCCUCUCCACUUAAAGUUGUACCAAUGGUAUAUCAUGUCACUUCCCCCUUUCCAUCUUUUGUUCAAAGUUGCUUUAAUUGCAAGGAUAUGGUAAGCAAUAACCUGAUCAUGCUCCUAUAUCUUUCAAUGCCCCUAUGAGUGUGAGCGAUGGAGAGAGCUACUAAAGAGUGUCAUGCUCUCAUAAUGUUUCUUUCCGGGUCUGUAGUGCACUAGCCAUACACUUUGUGGUGGGGCCUGCUUUUUCGGUAGUGGGUGUAUGGACUAAUCAAAAGGGAUUGAUGUAUGUGUGUGUCUGCGGCCUGCACAAAUGGUUGACAAAAUCUGGAUACAGGAUGAAAUGGAAGAUGAUGUUGAUGUUGAUGUUCGUUCUUCUCCAUUUUUCCAAAGUGGAGGGCGGAGGCUUUGGUCAAUGGAGGCUGAGCAUGCGUUAAUCAGCUUGCUAGUGGGUCUGCUAUCUACAUGUGUUACCUAAUCUCUAUUGAGACACACUCUUGAUAAGAACUUCAAUAUAAAGUUGGGAUGAGAUUAAUCCUUAAAAGUACUCAUCCUCUGUGAUGAGUUAUCGUC